CCUUGCAGGUGUGGAGCUGCGCAAAUGAGAAGCAGGUGCCACCAUGUUCCUGAAUAAGUGCGAGGGGGACCUGGGUGAGCUGCGGAAGCCAGGGGACAGCGAGGGGACCCCACCCGCUGCCGAGGAGGAGCAGCCCAAGAAGAAGCACCGGCGGAACCGCACCACCUUCACCACGUACCAGCUGCACGAGCUGGAGCGCGCCUUCGAGAAGUCCCACUACCCGGACGUGUACAGCCGUGAGGAGCUGGCCAUGAAGGUCAACCUGCCAGAGGUCCGCGUGCAGGUCUGGUUCCAGAACCGACGAGCCAAGUGGAGAAGACAGGAGAAGAUGGAGGCUAGUUCCAUGAAGCUCCAUGACACCCCCGUGCUCUCCUUCAACCGGCCUCCCAUGACCCCCAACGUGGGGCCCAUAAGCAACUCCCUCCCACUCGAUCCAUGGCUGACAUCCCCCAUCUCCAGCGCCACCACGGUCCACAGCAUCCCCGGCUUCAUGGGAGCCCCCCAGGCCCUGCAGCCCCCCUAUGCUGGGCACUCCUUCCUCAACACCCCCCCGCCGAUGGCACAGGGCAUGCAGCCCAUGGCCUCCGCACCCUACCAGUGCGGCACCCCCUUUGUGGACAAGUACCCGCUGGAGGAGGUGGACCAGAGGAGCUCCAGCAUCGCCUCGCUCCGCAUGAAAGCCAAGGAGCACAUUCAGACCAUUGACAAGACCUGGCAGCCCAUUUGAUGAACGCUCCCCUCCAAGCUCCUGGCCGCCGCUCCUGCCCCUGGUGCUGGCUCGGCCCCGCGGCGGGUGAGGGAGGACAGUGGGUGCCCAGCAGGACCA